AUGUCGGCGACCAUGGAGUCGGUUAUGCAGUGGAUUGCUGGGUACCAGGAGGCGCUUGGCGAAUUUGGGGUGGAGGAGGAGGACGUGGCUUUCCCACUGAGCCCCCGUUCGGGCGUAAGCCUGCUAAUCGGCAAGUAUGUGGACCGCACGGUUGCCACUCUCUCUUCCUGGCUCAACAACAUUGUUGAGGGUGACUUCAAAUUUGAGCCCAAGGCGAGUGCGGAGGGGCGCAUGUGGACUCCGGGCGCAGUCGACUUCUUCCGCAUCUUGAAUGAGCAGGUGGCAGUGGUGGCAGAGGUGAACCAGGGCGACAUGCUGCUGCGCGUGGGCCAGGCCGCAGUGGUGACGAUGGAAGACUUCCAGGCGGCUCAGCGCCGUUAUGUCAGCGAUGGUCUGCCGCUGGAGAUGCUGUGCGCCGUGAUCAACAACAACGUGCGUUGCUAUGAUGAGUCGCUCGAGUUUGCCGAGGGGCUGGAGGAGCGGUUUGCGGAGCAUCUGAAAGGGUCGCUGGAUGUGGAGGGCGCGUGCCGUGGCUUCCUGGACCUGGCAAAAGAAGGCGUUGCCGCCUGCGUGGCGGUUGUCUUUUCCGACCCCGCCUUUGCCGAGCUCUUCACUCGCCUCUAUUGCAGCGAGGACGGGAGGAGCGGCAGCAUCAUGGGCAGUGUGCUGGCCACCCUAGAAGACUUCCUUCAGGACUUUGAGCGCAUGGUGCAGCCGCCCUUCUAUCGGAGGCUGGCAGAAGCACUUCUGGAGGAGUGCGUGGCACACUUUGUGGCAGCGGUCGUUUCCUUCCUGCGUAGCGUCACGGAAGACGAGGUGGCAGCCAUUCGGCGCGACUACGACCGCCUGCGCCAGUUCUUUGCACGGUACACCAAGGCAGACAAGGUGGCACGUGAGUGCCAGCCACUGGCUGAUGUGUGCGAGUUCCUGAUGGCAGACAGUGUGGAGUCUUUCGUAUUGUCCUACACCACCCUGCUCACCUCUGCCCCGGGCAUCACCCCCACCCUGCUGGCCAACCUUAUCAAUGCCCGAGCCACCUCAGACAAGCACAUGACCAAGGCAGAUGCACGGGAGGUGCUGGAGCACUGCCGUGAGGUGUUUAUUGAUCGUCAGGCACGGGCUGGGGUCGAGGAGACGGGCCCCUCAGUGGCCCAGACGGCGGCGGCGGCAGCAUCCACAGCAGCGCAGGCUAAGGGCGGCAAGCCACCCAAUGCCAAGGAGGUGGCCUUCAGAGCAGCGGUGAAUGUAGCACGAAAGAGGGGGGGCGGCGCUGCUUUGGCUACACCCUCCAAAUCUGCUGCUCUCUAG